CCGAGACGAGUCUUGACAGCCGAUUUUUUUAUAUCGAGGAAGUCAGGCCUUUGAUAAGGACUAGUGUACGUGAUUGUCCUCAGGGAAAUUCCUUCGGAGAAGGAAUUUUGAACGGGAGGGACAGGGCCUUCGAUAGGUACGAGCGCAAGCGCCGGGCGGUUCUCUUCAGCGUCGUGGGGGUGCGGUUGUUACCAUGGAUCCCAGUGUACUCGCCAACAUGGAUAAGGACGCACUGAAAAAGCAGAUCGAGAACAUGAAGUACCAAGCUACGAUGGAACGGUGGCCGUUGUCGAAGAGCAUCGCCGCGAUGCGAGAGUACGUCGAGGAGAACGAGAAGAGCGACCCCUUGAUCCACGCGCCGGACAAGAAGAACAACCCCUGGGCCGAGAAGGGAAAAUGCGUCAUCAUGUAGACCCAUUAAGGACGAGAGAUAAGGAGGAGGAAAUCAGGGAAUCGGGAAGGACCACCUUGGCAGGAGGAAGGAGCCAUUUUUUGGCUCUCUCGAGCCAAAGCCACACAGAGGAGAGGAUUUUCCAGGCAUCGCCGUGCACCGGGUGGAAUUAACCACGAAAGAGAGAAAAAGAACUAAAACGGAGAAUGGAACUUCAAGUAACAGGAGGGAGAACCAAGAAAGAAAAGGAGAAUCAUGGAGAACCGAGCCAGAAAGUGCCAAAACGAGAUGGCGAGUCCUUGAAUGAAUAUUUUUUCAGGAUUCGUCCUCGACCUGGACUCCUUCAAGUGUGGCUUCGGUCUCGAACAUCGUACUCGAUAAUUAACAUUUAACAAGUACCACCUAACGAUUGACACUUAGGAUUUAAUAUUUAAUAUUUAAUAUUUAAUACUUAAUUCUCAAUACCAAAUAAUUAACUUGGCGACCCUCGACUCGUCGUCUUAACAAUUUUCGCCCCUCUCGCUCACAUCUUCCUCUCUUUUUAAUUCUGGAUAAAUAACCAUAAAAAUGGAGAAUGAAACACGUGCAUAGGAACUGGAUAUUGAUUUGUCCCAUAAGUUCACGAACGAACAUUUUUCUAAGUGCAUUUUCACCGUGGACAAUGAUAUGCUUGUCAAAACCAUCAGAUAGAUAACCGUAGAUAACCAAAAGUGAGAAUACAUUAUUAGUUAAGAGAGUUUCAUUUAAGAAAAAAACAAUUGUAUGAUCUUUACAAAAUUUACUCUCGAACUUAUGAGACAGCUCUUAAGAAUAUGCUCGCACUUUUGACAUGUCAUAAUUUCCAAGUGGUCUGUAAUCGACCAUACACUUUCAUGUUCAUCGUUAUCGUCCUCUCUAUCGAUUUCUUACGGGAAGAAAUAUAAAUAUAAAUAUAAAUAUAGAUACAUUGUAACCUCUCUGAAGAGGAGGAAACCUUUUCAUGGGGUGAUAAGGUUAUCACCAUGUGAAUCGGCGAACGUACUCUCGUUUUGUACCAUGUAUAAUCGGUAUACACCUGUAAAAGGUAACUCGGUUCCGUUCUGAUACCAUCUCGACGAUUCUGAAUUUCGUGGGGACCCGAAACGAUAUAAAAACUCUAUGGGGAAAAAGCGAACCCCCACUCGGCGUUUUUAUUUCUCUUUAUCCAUUAAUCUCGUUAUCAGCGAAUCGGCGUAAAUAAUUUCGAUAUCAUGUACGGUUCGCUGUAACCUUUCAGCUAACGAUCGCAUUUUUAUCUCACACUCGCGUUUCGUUUCCUGUAUCGCCGGCCACGUUUAAUAAAUGCGGAA